GGCUUGUUCGUGGCCAAAAGGUAGUAGAUACUGGUUCUCCAAUUAAAAUUCCAGUCGGUCCAGAGUGCUUGGGUCGUAUUCUCAAUGUCAUUGGUGAACCAAUUGACGAGCGUGGACCGGUCAAAACGAAAAAAAGUGCCCCUAUUCACGCAGAAGCGCCUGAAUUUGUUGAUCAAUCAACAGUUCCUGAAGUUUUAGAAACUGGUAUCAAAGUUGUUGACUUGUUAGCACCUUAUGCUAGAGGUGGUAAAAUUGGCCUUUUCGGUGGAGCAGGUGUCGGAAAAACCGUCUUGAUUCAAGAACUUAUUAAUAACAUUGCCAAAGCUCACGGUGGUUAUUCAGUUUUUACUGGAGUCGGUGAGCGAACUCGUGAAGGGAAUGACUUGUAUCAUGAAAUGAUAGAAACUGGUGUAAUCAAACUUGACGGCGAUUCUAAGGCUGCUCUUGUUUUCGGUCAAAUGAAUGAACCCCCCGGUGCACGUGCCCGUGUCGCAUUGACUGGACUUACCCUUGCUGAAUAUUUCCGAGACGACGAAGGUCAAGAUGUCUUACUCUUUAUCGAUAACAUUUUCCGUUUCACUCAAGCUGGUUCUGAAGUGUCUGCUUUGUUGGGUCGUAUUCCUUCCGCUGUAGGUUAUCAGCCUACGUUAAG